GAUCUCGUAUUAGUUCUCUGUCGUCAAUUCCAAUUCUAACUUACUUGAGAGUGUCACAGGCUGUGGUUAAAAGUUAACCUCAUGCGAUACUUUUGCGUUCGUCGUCAGGCUAAACUCGUUUAUGUGUCGCCAAAUUACAGUGUUUGCAAGAUAUGGACGAAGAACGCAUGCCGAAGCUAAAUCCAGAGACUGAUGCACGAAAAAUAUCAUCCACAGAUGCAGUUUUUAUGAAAUUGAUUGAGGAACAAAAUUUAGAACGCGUACAAAAGCUGAAGAAAGUACGCAGGAAGAAUUUAAUGCUUGGCUCUUUCCUGGGACUUACUGCUAUCGGAAUUUAUGCAUAUUCCAUGAUUUCCAUUAAACAGGAAAAAUUUCUUGAUGACUUUGAUGAGCCUGAAAAAGUUUCUAACUAAUUUACAAAUAAUACUUGUUAUAACUUGUGGCUUGUUAUAACCUUCAGUUCUAGUUAACUCAACGCCAAUUCUUGCAUUGUGAAAAAAGUAAUCAACAUGAGUGGACUAAGGCUCCCACCUCUGCCAACUAUUCGAGACUUAGUAAAACUGUAUAGACUUCGUGCGAUUAAGCAGUUGUCACAGAACUUCCUCAUGGAUGAACGUCUAUCAGAUAAGAUUGUAAAAAUGG